AUGGCUCCACCCACCCACAAACGAGCCCCGUCGACCUCCUCGCUGGCCGCCGGAAAGGUGGUCGUGGUUAUGGGCGCCACCGGAACCGGCAAGUCCCGUCUGGCGAUCGACCUCGCCCUAAUCUUCGACGGCGAGGUCAUCAACUGCGACAAGAUCCAAGUCUACACUGCCCUCCAAGUCAUCAGCAACAAGGUCACCCCAGCCGAGGCCCGCGGCGUGGCCCACCACCUCCUCGACAUAAUCGACGACCCAAACGAGGACUUCACGGCAGCCGAAUUCGUCUGUCGCGCAACCAAGUCAGCCGACGCCAUCUCGGGCCGGGCCCGCCUCCCGAUCAUCACCGGGGGCUCCAACUCCUUCAUAGAGGCACUCGUCAGCGACUGCAGGUUCCGGUCGAGAUACGAGUGUUGCUUCCUCUGGGUGGACGUGUCGAAGAAGCCCGUGCACCUCUCGCACGUGAAGAGGCGGGUCGACGUGAUGGUGGGCUCCGGGCUGGUGGACGAAGCCCGGAAGUUUUACGGUGGGGACUACGCGCGCGGGGUGAGGCGCGCGAUUGGCGUGCCCGAGAUGGAUGAGUAUUUCUGGAACGAGGGGUCGGUGGAAGGGGAGGAACGGGCGAGGCUACUACAUAGUGCGGUGGAGGAGAUCAAGGAGAACACGUGGUGGCUCGUGGGGCGGCAGUUGGGGAAGAUCCACUCGAUGGGGGAGCGGAUAGGGUGGGAGAGAGUCCACAUGUUAGAUGCAACUGAGGCGUUCGAGCGGUGGGAGGUUGGGGAUGGGACAGCUGCCGAGGCAGUGUGGAAGGCAACGGUGGUGGAGCCGAGCUUGUGGAUCCUAAGCGUAUUUCUUGGAAGGGAUGGUGAGAGUAUGGGUUCCGGGUCGGGUCUUGGUUUGGGGGCUACCUAA